CAUAUGAAUGAGCCGACUCCCCGAGAAUGCCAGCCUAUAAAAAGGCUCGAUAGUUGAUUUCAAGUCGGAUCGUACCAAAACUUUUGGAGGAAGAACAUAGCUCUCGUUUCGAUACAAGUGAAAAAACAACACCGUAGUGGCUUUGUUACAUUAUUUUCGUUGGACUACCACAUCUUUUCAUACUAGAACUUUGUGACUUUUUAUUUUUAUUGGAAGAUACCACAACACAACUGUGAAUGCUUCCUUCAGGUUCGAUCCCGACCUUUUUUCGAUUAUUUUCGUAAUUUAUUAUACAUGUUUUGAAGUUAGAAAGAAAGAAAAAAAAAGAGCUGAGAAUAAAGUUCUAAAACUUUUUGCCAUUGCCUUGAUCACCAGAAGUGCCUUUCAGUUAGUGCCUUAACUGCUGAGUGUAUCCCGAGUCUGCGCGGAGGACGUCCGUCUGCACCAUGCCAAGGGGGUUUCUCGUGAAGCGAUCCCGGACCAGCGCGUACUCGUACCGAGAGAAGCGUCACUCGGACGACGACAGGCUCUCGGACAGCGGGUCGGAACACGAACUCGUCUACACCAGCUUCGGCUCCCCAGACUCGGGAUACUCCGCCAGUCCCAUUUCACUGACAUUCCGCGACAGCGAGAGAUAUGUCGCCUUGGACCGAUACAACAACAACGUCCCGGUCAGCAGUUCCAACGUACUGCACAACGGCAGCAGCAGCAGCCAUCCCCAGUCGUCGCCGCUGUAUUUCUCGGCGUUUGACAGACUCACUCUGUGUACGGACAAUUCUCCACUCAAAGUUCCACAAGUUCCGGACAAUCUGAACCAGUCGAGGAGUUCCACGCCGAAUUCUCCUCGGAAGCGAGGCAGCGUGGAACCGGAGAGAAAAACCUUGUCUACGAAGAAGCCAAAAGCUGCGAGAAAGAUCAACUUUGAUAUCGACAAGACGUCGCCGGUGUCUGGUACCAUCAUUAAGGACUUCUCCGACAGCGAGGACGACGGGGCCAGGAUAGUGUGCGGGGAUAUAGAGCCUGUGUACAACUGUGUGGAAGUUACACCCGAAGCUCGAGCAGAACUGGACAAAAUUGAAAAUAAAAUUGGAGACUACAUCUGCCAGCUUUGUAAAGAAAUAUAUCAGGACGCUUUCCAGCUCGCGCAGCACCGCUGUUCGCGCAUCGUUCAUGUGGAAUACCGAUGCCCAGAGUGUGACAAAGUUUUCAACUGUCCUGCCAAUCUCGCCUCCCACAGAAGGUGGCACAAGCCGAAGCAGACGUCAGCCAACAAACCUUCUGCUCCUGCUAAGAUUCUACCGGCAGAUCAGAACGCGAACGAGCACAAUGACAUGAACAAUAUCAAUUCGCUGGAGCAUGCCACAAGGAUGACGAACGACGACGGGAAACACGUUGUAACACCGCUGUCGCCUUCAUCGGCCGAUAACAAAGUUCCACCUAACGAAGACGGCCAGUAUCACUGUGAAACCUGUGGCAAAAAGUUCCGGCGUCACGCCUAUCUGAGAAAGCACGUCUUGAGUCACACGAGCGAGACACCCCUGCCGUGUCAGUUUUGUGCAAAGAUCUUUCUGAACGAGACUGCACGUGCAAAGCACGAAGCCCAACACGGCAGUGAAAACAAAGAACUAGCCUGCAACGUGUGCAGCGUGAAAUUCCCCAACAAGGGUGUUUUGGACAAGCAUGUGCGCACGCACAACAAGGACGUUUACACGUGCAAAUACUGCUCGAGCACCUUCUACAGUUCCCCGGGACUAACGAGACACAUUAACAAAUGUCACCCGUCGGAAAACAGACAGGUUAUCCUCUUACAGCUUCCGGUAACUAGACCUUGUUGAAUUGGGAUUCCAGACUGUGACUGAUAAAUGAAUGGGACAUCAAAAAAUAUCUUAAAAAAUCAAAGCUUGAAUAUUACUUUUUGCUGUGUGUGCCUCAUUGAAACAUUGCAGUGUUAACACCUUAUUGAUUAUCAUAUUUGCAUAUUUUACGCUGGUACAUGGACAUCUGUUGUACAGUCACGUGUAUAGUGUCAGUAUUUCAGGUAAAUCUCUGCGAUGUAUUUUUUUUAAUAAAUGGCAUCUAACGAAUGUAUCAUGUUGGCGGACUACUAACACUAAGUUGUAUUAUACUAUUCAUUACAGUUUUGGCCCGAGAUUGUUCGGCCUACGCGUUGUGAUAACAUUAUCGAUUGAGUCGUGUCGUGCUUAAUUGAAAGAAUCUCUCCACCGUCAGCCAUAUCCAUAUGCACAAUUCGCAUUCCGUCGGAGCCAAGAUGAUGGCUGAAAAGUAAAUCGAUCGUGCCUUGCGUAAACAUAAUAUAAACUUUUAUUUAAUCAAGUAUUUUAUUUAUCGAUUUCAGCAUUCUGUUUUCAGUUUUGCGUUUCAUCAAUUUCCCAUUAUUUUAUGUCACAGCAUAAUAAGAUAUAUAUUUAUAACAUGUUUAUUAAGAAUCUCAGAUGGACCAAUGGAUAUGUAAAGUGUUCUAAGUAUGUUCUAUGUAUGAGUAUAAAUUGUUUGGGUUUUUAUAAUUUAAUUUCAGUUUUUAAUAAUUAUUUUAUUUUAGUAAUAUAUAUGAGUAUAAAUUCGGGGGGGGGGGGGGGGGGUCAUAAAAAGGAAUUUGAUUGUUUAGUAAAUUAUGUUAUAUUUAAUAGUAUUCUUAGUCAAGCAAAAUUUAUCAGCCAUGUACUAAUUAUUAAAUCAAUUAUCAAUUAUUAAACGUAAAUUUUGGCCUGUUAAAACUAUGGUCAAAAUACUUUAAUUUGAUUACUUAAACAUUUGUUCUGUCUGGCUAUUCUUAAGGAAUCAUGUGAAAAGGUUUUGUUUCAGUAUUAUUUACUUUAAUUUUUAUUUACCAAAAUUUAUGUAUACUUAUUUUAUUUAGUUAUUUAUUGUAUUGCAUAGUUCUAUGUUUUAAAAGGGUAGGGUAUUAAUUUGUGCCAUAAUACCGCGCUAAUCCAUUUACAGGAACCCGCGUGACCCUAAGUUAUAUACUAGUCGAAUGUCAGAGGAAGUUUCAAGUCACCGUUUAUAGAUUACUAAAUAAAUUAUUUAUUAUUUACCAUUUAUUUAUUUACUAUUUAAUAGAUAUUAUUAGCUGCUUAUAUAGAUAUAUUUAAGUUUACUUUCCUUUUUGUGCAAUAUUUAUUUAUUUAUAUUUAUUUUGUGCAAUAGUUAUUUUUAUUUGCUGUGCAAUGUUUAUAACACGUGUUAUCAAGUAUACCUGUUAUCGUGCAAUACUUGCGUUAAACUAACCACAUUCCAAUACAGUAUUUAUUAUAUACAAUAAAAAAAUUAUCAUUUCUACGGAAUUAUUUUGAUUAUUAAAUUAAUAUAUAUAUUUAUUUAUUUAUUUUCGAGAAUACUAGUUUUGAAAACAAGUGCCUCUUUUUCUCCCCGUGUAACAAUGUCGUUGUGCCUAAACCAAAUAUUUAAAUAUCUAUCUUUUGUACUGCGGCCUCGAUUGUUGAUUCGUUUGUAUUAAGGUUACAAGUGUUGAUAUAUAUUAUAUUGCAAUAUUCUCGUCCAGGAGUCAUCACGAUCGUGCCAGUAUUUGUGCUUGAAAUCUAUUUUUUAUUGUAUUACUAUGUUAUAGAAAUGUAAUAAUACAUAAUAUAUGUUUUCCAAGAAUGCCAUGUUUAUAUGUACAUGUAUGUUGAUAUUGUAUACCAUGUUUGAUCUAAUAAAAGAGUUUUGAACUUUCA